AUGCAGGACAUGACGACAGCCCUCGAGAAGCUCAUCAUCAAUAUCCAGCUCCGAAAGGUCACCCACCCACCGAGAAGAUCUCUGGAGAUAGGUGUAUCGUAUCCUCUGCAUGUCUCUGUCUCUCCCUGUCCACCAUGCCAUGCAGGCGAUGCUGGACAGUUUGUCCAAGACGAGGGACGAGGUGCUGCGGUGCUCAAGGAUCGCCCUGGGCAACGUCAACAAGUUCAUUCAAAAAAUCACCGACACCAACAAAAUCAAACUCCUGGCACGCCACUCACACACACAUGCAUGUCUCACGACACCACAGUCCGUCGCCACGCACCUCUCCUCUGUCUGUGUGUCUGAAUGAAUGCAGGAGCCCUGUGGCGAGCCGUGUGCAUGCCACACAGCGUGUCUGGUGGAGAAGUCGGUCAUCAUGGAUCCGCUCACCAAGACACUUCAGCAGCUCGGCCUCGUGCCGGGCGGUGGUGCUGGUGCUACCGGUGGUGCUGGUGGUGCUGGCGCAGGUGGUGCGGGGGGCAACGAGACAUCGCAGUUCAAUGUGGAGGGCACCUUCAUUCAGCGGACCCUCAAGCGCCUUGUCUGAGGUUGCCUGUUAGGCAGCCAAUGACCGAGUGGGUGUGGGUGGGGUGUGUGUGUGUGUGUGUUGUCUGUCUUCUCGAGGUCACUGAUCGCAUCGCACACGCAUAGGCAAAAGGCCCUGACUAAAAUCCAUUAUACGACGCUCUUGGUCAAUCGGUCUGUCUGG